AUGCGUAUCUUUUUAAUCGCGACAAUCUGCGUCGCGGCUGUCUUCGCCGUUGACGAAGAGGUGCUUCCACCCUUAGAGGGGAUGCAAAGCCUCUCUGUUUACUAUAACACACCGGAGCAAUUUAUACUGUUGAAAAAUUUUUUGGACGUUCCCGGUUUCGAUUUUCUGCAAACAACCGAAAGUUUCGCGAAUGUCUUGGUGACGGCGGACAAAGUAGAAAGCUUUAAGAAUCUCCUGAUGGAAAAUGGCAUGAAUUAUACGGUCAUGAUCGAAAACGUUCAAGAAGCAGUCACGGAAGAAUACGUCACGCAACAAGUUGAGCGUGGAUUGCAGUCACUGUUUCAAGAUUAUGACGCGUCUGGAAAAUUGUCCUUCACUUAUUACCCUAAUAACGACGAAGUGAAUCAAUACCUCGAUUAUGUGGUGAGAAGUAACGGUAACAUUGCCUCGUUAAUUAACAUAGGAGCGUCCUAUGAAAAACGACAAAUGAGAGUUCUAAAACUGUCAACCGGUGGUAAUAAUAAGCCUGCAAUUUUCAUCGAUGCUGGAAUUCAUGCUAGGGAAUGGAUUGCUCCUAUUACGUCACUCUACAUAGUAGAUCAGUUAGUGGCAAGUCAGAAUAGAAAUCUCUUGGAAAAUAUCGACUGGUACAUCCUUCCAGUUCUGAACCCCGAUGGCUAUCAGUUCACGCAUACAAAAUCAUCGAAUCGUCUCUGGAGAAAGACAAGGUCUGUAAACAGUGGUUCGUUGUGUCGUGGUGUCGAUGGGAACAGGAAUUACGAUAUGGAAUGGAUGACGACUGGUGCUUCUUCCAAUCCAUGCAGCGAUACUUACGCCGGACCGAAGCCAUUUUCCGAACUGGAAAUGCAACACAUGAGAGACUUCAUCGUGGCGCGUAAACAGAAUAUUAAAGCGUACAUCACGUUCCACUCAUACGGCCAGUACAUUCUCUAUCCAUGGGGUUUCACGUCUAAAGUGCCCUCUAACGAACCAGAGUUGAGAAAUCUUGCCAGCCGUUGUGCACAGGCAAUUGCCACCUUCCGCAAGACCAAGUACACAUACGGUACAUCCGCUAACCACCUUUAUCCUGCUGCCGGAGGUGGCGACGACUGGGCUUUGGGUAAAGCCGGUAUCAGUUUGUCGUACACCUAUGAACUACCCGGAGGAACUUCCGGUUUCCUGUUACCUCCUUCUGAGAUCAAAGCCGUCGGAGCUGAGACAUUUGAGGCUAUGAAAGUGAUUCACCAAUAUGUCUCUUCGAAAUAAGCUUCGAUCCAUUAAUCACGUAAUCCUCGCGAUUCGAUGCACAAUUCUACUGUAUUGUAUAUCAAUAAAAUUUUAAAAUUGAUU